GUUAAGUCCGAACGGAUCAGUCCGUGUAAAUUUCAAAAGUUUUGUUUUUAUUUGUUUGUCCUUAAUCCGUAUUCGGUGGCCUUCUAAAAUGAAAAACGAUAUAGACGAAGACAAACCCUUUAAUCCAUUCUACAUUGGGCCCCACCCAAGCAAGGCAUGCGCCAUUCCCGAAACUCUGCCUCGUGAAUGCUCGCCGGACUGCAUAGCUCCGAAAGUUGGCGGUGUUGAGGCUGUUGGAUCGGAAAGUGCUGGCAAAGGAGUCGGUAGUCAGGGUACCCCCGGUAAGGGAAAUGAGAGUCUUAGUGGAGAGGCACCUGCGUCCAAUAGCUCAAAUCUGGCAACACCCUGCGCUCCGUAUCCUUGCUAUGAUCGCAGCAAGUAGCAUAGAUACGGAUCAAGCGACAUAACAAUUAUCUAAAUAUAAGCUCAAAUUUAAAUAAACCAAGCUCAAACCAAGCUGA